CGCGCCGGCGGCGCCUGCGCAGAGCGGCGCGGCGCGGCAAGAUGGCGGACAAAGAAAAGAAGAAGAAGGAGAGCAUCUUGGACUUAUCCAAGUACAUCGAUAAGACGAUCCGGGUGAAGUUUCAAGGAGGCCGCGAAGCCAGUGGAAUCCUGAAAGGGUUUGACCCCCUCCUCAACCUCGUGCUUGAUGGCACCAUCGAAUAUAUGAGAGACCCCGACGACCAGUACAAGCUGACAGAGGACACGCGGCAGCUGGGCCUGGUGGUGUGCAGAGGCACAUCGGUGGUGCUCAUCUGCCCGCAGGACGGCAUGGAGGCCAUCCCCAACCCCUUCAUCCAGCAGCAGGACGCCUAGCAGGCCAGGGGUGUGGAGUGCGAGGCUCGGUUCCCAUGGACUGGACCACCCCUCCCACACUCCAUGCCAACUUCUGGAACGGAAGCUCUUUUCUUUUUGUAUGGGUUAAUUUUUCGUUUUCUUAAUAAAACUGCAAAACUCAA